UCCAGUCAGAGGCUGCUUGAAGACAGCCAGCAGGGGCCAUGACCACCCUCUCUCCCGAAAACAGUCUCUCUGCCAGGCAGUCGGCCUCCUUCAUCCUGGUGAAGAGAAAACCACCCAUUGACAAGACGGAAUGGGAUGGCUUCUUUGACGAGAACGGUCACUUGGCCAAGUCACGAGACUUCAUUUGUGUCAACAUCCUGGAAAGGGGCCUGCACCCCACGGUGAGGACAGAAGCCUGGAAGUUCCUCACGGGCUACUACUCGUGGCAGAGCUCCCAGGAUGAGCGGCUCACGGUGGACAGCACAAGGAGGAAGAAUUAUGAGGCCUUAUGCCAGAUGUACCAAAAGAUUCAGCCUCUUCUGGAAAACCUGCACCGGAACUUCAUAGAGACUCGGAACAAUAUCACAUACGACAUUAAAAAACUCUAUGACAAAGACCCCCUGGGCAACGUCCUCAUCGAUAAGAAGAGGCUGGAGAAGAUCCUGCUCCUGAGUUAUGUCUGCAACACUCAAGCAGAGUACCAGCAGGGCUUCCAUGAGAUGGUGAUGAUUUUCCAGCUGAUGGUAGAACAUGACCAUGAGACCUUCUGGCUUUUCCAGUUCUUCCUACAGAAAACGGAGCACAGCUGUGUCAUCAACAUCGGGGUAGGCAAGAACCUCGACAUGCUCAACACCCUGAUCAACUUCCUGGAUCCCGUGUUCGCUGAGCACUUAAAAGGGAAGGGUGCGGGGGCUGUGCCAUCCCUCUUCCCCUGGUUCUGCCUCUGCUUUCAACGUGCCUUCAAGACCUUCGACGAUGUCUGGAGGCUCUGGGAGGUGCUGCUCACAGGGAAACCCUGCAGGAACUUCCAGGUGCUGGUGGCCUACAGCAUGCUGCAGAUGGUGCGCCAGCAGGUGCUACAGGAGAGCAUGACGGGCGACGACAUCCUCCUGGCCUGCAACAACCUCAUUGACCUCGAUGCCGACGAGCUGAUCUCCGCUGCCUGCAUAGUUUACGCUGAGCUCAUCCAGAAGGAUGUUCCUCAGUCGUUAAAGGAUUUCUUUCUCUGAGACUGCUAACAAUGGACAGACGCCCUCCAUGGACAGAAGGAGGUGGUGCUUCAGCUGUGAGGUCAGGAUGAAGUCCAAUGGGCCAUUCGGGUGAGGGUGUAGGUAAUACAUCUGUGAUAACAACA